AUGAAAAGGCAAAAUCAAAGCUCUGUGGUUGAAUUCGUUCUCCUGGGCUUUUCUACUUUUCCUGAACUCCAAGACCAGCUGUUUUGCAUUUUCUUGGUUAUUUACCUGGUGACCUUCAUGGGAAAUGCCAUCAUUAUAGUCAUCAUCUCCCUGGACCAGAGCCUCCAUGUUCCCAUGUACCUGUUCCUCCUGAACUUAUCUGUGGUGGACUUGAGUUUCAGUGCAGUCAUCAUGCCUGAAAUGCUGGUGGUCCUCUCCACUGAGAAAACUAUAAUUUCUUUUAUGAGCUGUUUUGCACAGAUGUAUUUCAUUCUUCUUUUUGGUGGGACUGAAUGUUUUCUCCUGGGAGCGAUGGCUUAUGACCGAUUUGCUGCAAUUUGCCAUCCUCUGAACUACCCUGUGACUAUGAACAAUAAAGUUUUUAUGAAAUUAGUAAUAUUUUCCUGGGUCUUAGGUUUUAUGUUAGGUGCUGUGCAGACCUCGUGGGUAUCUAGUUUUCCCUUUUGUGGUCCCAAUGAAAUUAAUCAUAUAUCUUGUGAAACUCCAGCAGUGCUAGAGCUUGCCUGUGCAGACAUCUUCUUGUUUGAAAUCUAUGCCUUUGCAGGCACCAUUUUGAUUAUUUUGGUUCCUUUCUUGUUGAUACUCUUGUCUUACAUUAGAAUUCUUUUUGCCAUCCUGAAGAUGCCAUCAACCGCUGGGAGGCAAAAGGCCUUUUCUACAUGUGCCUCUCAUCUCACAUCUGUGACCCUCUUCUAUGGAACAGCCAGUAUGACUUAUUUGCAACCCAAAUCUGGCUACUCUCCAGAAACCAAGAAACUGAUGUCACUGUCUUACUCAUUGCUUACACCUCUACUGAAUCCUCUUAUCUAUAGCUUGCGUAAUAGUGAGAUGAAAAGGGCAUUGAUAAAAAUAUGGAGAAGAAAAGUGAUUUUACAUACAAUCUGA